AUGCCGACGGUAUCAUCCAUAGAUAAAUUUAUAGAAUUGUCAACUGAUUUAUUAUUAAAUUAUCCAACAACAACAACAUUAAGUAUAACAUAUACAAAUCUUUCCAAAAAGAAAUCAACCUCCUCCACCUCCUCCACUUCAAAACCAUCAUCGUCAUCAAAAACAUCAUCUACACAUGGAGUUAAUUUUAAACUUUAUGAACCUAAUUCAGGUAAAUGUAUUAAAUAUAAUACUAAAAAAUCCAAAGAAUUAUCAAAAUUAUUAAAUUUUAUUGGUCCAAAAGGUUUAAAUAAUGAUAAUUUACAUGUUUUAGGAUUAGCUAGUUUAAUGACAAAUGUUAAAUAUGAAGAUAAUACUACUAAUAAUAAUCAAAGUUUGGAAAAUACCCCUGUUCCAAUGGAUGUUGAUUCAAGUAAUGUUAAUAAAUUAGAUGAAACUAAACCAGGUUCUGCUUCAACUGCAAAUGCUGGUACUUCUUCAUCAAGUAAAAAGAAGAACAAGAAGAAAAAGAAGAAGAAUUAA